AACUACGUAGUCAAGUGAACUAAUUAAUAAGGCUAACUAAAUCACAUCAGCCCGAUACCACAGCACCUUGGAAUUUACCGAUAACAACAGCUGAACAAAUACAUGAAUUUUGCUGAAGAUUGGAAAAGACACUUAGCAGAAUUGGAAUUUACGAGAUAGCUUGUGGCGCAUCUUUUUGAAGUACGAGGAUGCGUGUUGGUGUUGAUUCAGUCAACAAACCGAGUUUCGCAAAAAAUUUUCCUCAGUGCGGGCAAACGUUUUGCAAUUGUAUUCCCAUCAGUCAAGAUGAGAAGCCGUGACCUACUGCCAGGGAUUAUUACCAGUGUUAUUGGUUAUAUCUUCGUUUCGAUAACUUCGGUGUGCGGACUAAGUUCACAUGAACUGUGCGCCAGUAAAGUCUGCAGUGGCUGCAUUGCUGGCUCCUUGUCUUGUCAAGAAGGUGGGCUGAAUCGUCUUCCAGACAAACUCGCAGCGGAUAUUCAAUCCAUAAUACUCAUUGGUCAUCGAUUUGAUGUCAAUUUUCUGACAGAAAGAAACUUCUCUAACUAUCCACAGCAAACACAGCUGCUUCAGAGAUUGACAUUAAGAAACUGCGGUAUUGAGCGUUUGUUCCCUGGCACGUUUAAGUCGUUAAAAUCCCUAGCCCAACUGGAUUUAUCCCAAAAUCGCUUACAGACUAUAGAACCACGAACAUUUAUUGGCUUGAAUCUUGAACUACUUCGAUUGGACGAAAACCCUGGUCUAUAUUUUUCCUCUGAAGCUUUUCAUGGUGUUUCCAUUGUAUCGCUGUCUGUAAGUCAAUGUGGCUUGCGUAGUUUGACUUAUUCAGAUCUAGCUCCACUGUUUGAGAAUAAAGUGCUGACUAAUCUGCAUUUAUCAGGAAAUAAGCUUAUCACACUUGAAAGCCAACUUGCCUCAUGGUUUUCAGAACUUCAGAGUCUCUCGUUGGAGCAAAACCCAUUUGUAUGUGACUGUCGGUUAAGAUGGCUAACUGACGUACUUCAGCAGAGACUACAUCGACUGCGUACGCGCGGCUUGCCUAAUGGCGUGGGAGAUAUCAAUUAUUUUAAUGAUCAGACUCCUUCCAAAACGUUUACUGCUACACAAAACGACAAAGAAAAUGCUCCAUUGGAUGAGGACUUACUUAAGCCUGUUUGCCGAGCCCCGGAGAGACUGGCGGGAAGGCUGAUUGAGAAGUUAACUCAUAGGGAUUUCUACUGCGAUUUACCACAACUCCAGGCUAUUGAGGUGGAUUUAAGCCACUCCAACCAAAUGCCAGCUGAGUCCAGCCUGGUUACUCCCCACCAGAUGGAUGCUAUAACGAAAUCCCUGCAUGCUUUACGUGUUUCUUUAAGGUGCGUAGUCAAAGGAUCUCCAGAAGUUCAAUUAUCAUGGUACCGGCGCCAAUCACCUGAACUAUUGUCACAUUUGGGAUUGCGAGACAAAGUUGAAGAGCUCUACAAUAUUCCAAAUUCCAGAGAACGCGCACCUGGUGUUGUAGAAGUGUACUUGACACACCCUUAUCCACGUCCAUCCCAUAGCCUCACACAAGUUGGCUUAACGAACGGUGCGGAUUCUGUGGAAAAGCUGGUUUGCUUGGCUACCGAUUUGAAUGGAAACACAAGUACGGAAGUGAGAUUACGAUGGCCCUCCCAUUUCGCUCCGGAACUCACCCUUAACGAACUUCACGAUAUGGGCGUGGCACAGUCCAAAUAUAUCGUAGCAGAGUUGGAAAAUCCUUCUCAUCCCCAGACUACUUCAAAUUUUCCAGAAACCACGCCAGCUGCAAUAAAUACAAGACUGCGUCCAGACUGGUACUUGUUGACCGGAGAAGAUCCUAAUGGAUUCUGGUUGCAGAAGCAAUUCUCCACUAUUCAAAUGAUCGGGGCCGUUGUAGGUACGUUCACAGUCACUCUACUUUUGUUCAUAUUUGGCAUACUACUGCUGCGAUUUCAUCGCUUCCACCAAACAUGCUUUCGGUCAAGAAUCCUACUACAAUAUUGCAAACAGCAGCAUUCCCCUCCGUGCAACAAAUAUCCCAUUCCGCCAAGUUAUUCCACCACAGCGAUUCCAUCUGCGCACUCCUUCGUUUAUCCUGGUUCUAGCGUCGCAGUUUCGGAACUACAAACAUCAUUUGGUCAGCAGUCAUCUUAUCAAAUGUCUCCUAUAAAUUUUGUGAAGGAAAAUGGUCUAAUGACGACAGAAGUUAAUCAAAAUAGACGCAUAAACUAUGCGGCAUACAUGCCUGUUACAGCACAUGAUGUUCAAAGUGCUGCAACAUAUUCUGAUUCGUCAACAUAUGAUCUACCCAACUUACCACAAGCAUUAUCGCAUCCUAGGGUACCGUUACCGCCAGUGCCUAUGCCGUCGAACCAGCAACUAAUCGCGCUUGGAGCGCAAGCGUUUGAAACAUUUGAUCACACAAUGCUCAAUACUUCUCAGCGUUCCAUCACUGACCCCAUACAAAAGAAGUAUGACACUUCCUGUACUCCGAUGAUAGCAACCAACGCUGAUCAAAUGUCAGCCGCACUUGCGAUGGCAGCAACAUUAAAUCGUUUACGAAGCUCACCGCUAAUUCAAGGACAGUUGCCAUUCCACUCCAAUAGAACUCUUAAUCGGCAAUCAGUGGUAUCACCUGUUUCAGCACAUAAUAAACCAUUCACAUUUGUCAAUCAGUCACACAAGUGAAAUAAUGACUAGCCUGUGAUUAACAGACAUAAAGCAUGCAAAAAUUGCAUCCACCGCCAGAAGAAUGGAUUAACACGUCACCUACUAUUUAUCUUCCAACUGAAUGCAAACGACGAUUUCAACUGUGUGAUAUACACUUCCUUUCUACUAAAACGGAUUUGCUGGGCUUAUCCCAAUUUAGCCUGAGUCAAUAAUCGGUCACGUGCUCAAAAAUCUAACCAGUAACUGCCUUUCCUUCUUUCAAAUUAUAGACAUCAAAUACAUUAUUUAAUAUUUUCUUUACUAAAAGGAUUUAUUUUGCUUUUGGAUAAAAAUUUAUUAAAAGCCCAGUUGUCACAAUGG